AUAUUAUUUAAAAUUGCAGAUGUAACCGAGAGGAGAAAUAAGGAUAGUGUAACUUACCAGACAUUCGAAUUAAAGAGGUGGAUGGCAGUGUGAGAGAGCUGAAACCUCAUCUUUCAUAGCUGGGAGUCUGAUGUUGUCCAGAGUGCCAAAUCUAGAAAUGGAGAAGAUCAGCAUUUUGAAUUAUGGAAGAAGAGUGUGCCACUGGUUACAUUUGUUCUCUUAUUUCUCUGAUAAUUUCUAAACGGGUUCCUUCUCCAACCAUUAAAUGUUGGUAUUUUCCAGGGAUCAGUUCAUGGCCUCUGCUCACACGACACACGCACACUCUGAGCUAGUUCAUUCACAUAAAUGGCUUCAACAACCUCCUGUGGAAUUUGAGUCCCAGAUCUCGUCUCUCUAACCUGGUGGUUAUCCUUCAUGCGAGAUCUGCAUCUUCAGACGUUUCCUUCUACACGUCCCAGCAGCACUUUAAAUUUAACGUGUCCAAAUAGAAAUCGUUAUCUUACUCAUGAAAUCUGUUUCAGUAUUCCUUUUUAAACAGCUAUAUUGAAGUAUAAUUUAUAUGCCAUAAAAUUCACCUAUUUUAGCUGUAUAAUUCAGUGACAUCAAAUUUGCAGCCACCUCAACAACCCAAUUUUAGAACAUUUCCAUCCGUCUAAAAAGAUCCGUUUUGCUCAUUUGCAGUCAUUUUCUUUUCCCAGCCCCACUUCCAAGCAAUCAUUAAUCUAUUUCUGUCUGUAUUGAUUUGCCUUUUCUAAAGAUUUCAUGUAAAUGGAAUCAUACAACGUGUGACUUUUGUGACUGGCUUCUUUCACUUAGCGUGUUUUAGAAGUUCAUUCAUGUUGUAACAUGUACUAAUACUUCACUCCUUUUUAUUGCUGAAUAGUAUUCCAUGGCAUGGUUAUACCACAUUUUGUUUGUCCAUUCAUCAGUUAAUGGACAUGUGAGUUGUUCUCUAGUUUGGGGCAUUGUUAGUAAUGUUCUAGCUAUAACACUCAUGUUUUUGUGUGGAUCUGUAUUCCCAUUUCUCUAGGAUACAUGUAUCACCAAUAUAUGUUUAACUUUUUAAGAAACUAUCAAAUUAUUGUCCAAAGUGGCUGUGCCAUUUUACAGUCCCACCAGCAACGUAUGAGGGUUCCAGUUUCUCUGUAUUCUUGUCAGUGCUUGUUAUUGUCUGUCAUCUUUAUUAUAGCCAUUCUAGGUGUGAAAUGGUAUCUCACUGUGGUUUUUAAUGUACGUUUCCCUAAUGGAUACUUGCCAGUCAGCCUUGAUAUUUUUUCCUUCUUUUGUACGCUGCUCUCCCAUUCUGUGGAUGGACCUAUUAAGUAUAUAUUUAAUCCUCUCUCUCCUUUACCCUCAUUCCCAUUGCUUUAUUCAUUAUUCUUGAUUAUUAAAAUGACCUCCAAACUGCUUUCUCUGAUACGUUCCGUUUUCCACACUGCUGUCAAAAUGAGUUUUCUAAAGUGCAGAUGUCAUCAUGUCACGCCUUUGCUAAAAACCUCUCAAAAGGUCUCCAUUGCCUUGAAGAUAAGGUCUACCAUCUGGUCCCUGCUUAUUUUACAGCAUCUGUUCUUGUCACUCUUUCCCCCACCAUCCCGUCCUCCUACGAACCCACACACACUCCACACACAUACACUGCGCACGUCCUCACCUGAAAUCCCCCUGCAACUAUCUGAAUACAUAAAGGAUUUUCUUCCUUCUGUGUCUUUGAACAUGCUGUUGCCUCUGUCUGGAAUGUUCAUCCGUCUCUGCUGGCAAGCUCUCAUUCAUUCCUCAAAGCUCAGCAGAACUAAUUACUCCCUCUUGGAAUCUUUCUCUGAUUCUCCUUAAUAGUUAAGAUUUGUUUUUGUAAGUGUUAAUACAGUGACAGAAAUAGGUGUCUGUGAGAAUUAUUAGGUUGAAUGGCAUGAAACUGUAGUUUUUUUAAGUCCUGCUAUGGUCUAUAUGUCAGCCUAAAACAUUCUUGUAAUUGCUUGUUCCUGUUUGUGUGUCUGUCGUUUGUUAAAGACAGUAAGCCACUUACUGCAUGUUUGUUCAUAGAUGAGUGAACAAAUAAAUUAUUCUUAAAGCCCAAGGCUUUCAUUUAGAGUGAAAAGUUACCUUGAAAAACAUUGGGUCGUCGUCUUUGGAAUCAUGUCGCCUCAAAGGUUGUUUAUUUGUAUUGUGCAAAAAAUUAUUAAUGCCAAACCAACUGCCAUGAUAUGUCUCUUAAUACGUCUUGACUAUCCUGAAUGAAGCCACAGAUUUUUCUCUCUCACAUACAAUUUAGUAGUCAUUUUCAUGUUAGUGGACAGCAUCACAGUUCCGUAGUUCAAAUAAGAUAAUAAAGGUUAUUAAUUUUUCACAUUUUAAAGUCCAAACAAAAUUUUGUAUAUGUGUGUGCAUGUAUGUAUGUAUAUAUGUGUGUGUGUGUAUAAGAUUGUAACUGUGUAAAAAUUGCCUUUGAAUGUGGGAGAUAGUAAUGAAAACUGUUUUCAGAAUUUGGGAUUAUAUGAGUUUAUUUUAAUAUUUUCUUAAACAAGCAAAUGUAUGCUUCAGUGUUUUACAUCAAUCAAGUAGUAAUAUCUGAAUUGUGGUUUUAGAAAAGAUAACCAUCUGAAUGGUUGGCAUACUUUAGGUAAUUACAUGAUUAGGAACUUCAUUUAAACACAAUUAUAGUUUUAGUCAAUAUUUUAAGUUAUUUAUGAUUUUUAAGCCUCAUAUCUUCCCCUCCAUGCGUACGUUACAGCUUUGAUAGUUUGCAGAUCGUUAUAUUGCCAUAAGUAUUAGUCAUAUUCAGUGAUUAUAUUCACUUCAAAUUGAACAUGGUGUUGUGUGCUUUAUUGUGACUAUGCUUUCAGGUUUGUAAGUAUUUCAAAUCAUCAUUUAUAUAAGUGUUACAUGGUUUGUAAGGAAAUUCCUUUUUUUAAAAACCCUGUGGAACAUUUGUCCAUUAGCUCCACAUUAAAAUUCUUUUCUUCACAAAGGUCUACAACACUCUGGAAUUAUCUAGACAUGCAAAGUUAAGUUAGGAGUCUAAAAAAUGCAGUUUACUUUAUAACUUAAAAAGUUGGACAGCGAUUUGAGAGUGCAGCUUAGUACAACUUCUUUUCUAAUAAAAUUUUGUUCCACUUGCAACUCUGAACAUGUGGACUGGAAGGGGCGGUCCCCUUGGCCGGUGCCUGACCUCUGUGCACAUGUUGGUCUUUGUCUCAGCCUCGCCCACACUGCACGCUGCAGCCCCAUAAAUCAGGCUUUUGACGUGUUACAAAAGGAAGGCACAGCUGCUCUAGUCCGCAGUUUUCAAAAACUUUUGCAAAGCUGCAUAUCCAACAAAGUUUACUGUUGUAUGAAUGUAAGUCUUUACUGAGGUGCUGUUUUUCAACCCUAAACUUUUGACCAAGAAUGAAACUAUUUAAAAAUUAAGAUGCCAACAGAUCACGAAGAGCCCUGUGGUGCCAGUCAUAGGUCCUUUUGCCUGAAUGGAGGGAUAUGUUAUGUGAUACCUACUAUUCCCAGCCCGUUUUGUAGAUGCAUUGAAAAUUAUACAGGAGCUCGUUGUGAAGAGGUUUUUCUCCCAAGCUCCAGUAUCCAAACCAGAAGUGACCUGUUCGCAGCUUUUGUGGCACUGGCUGUUCUAGGAACUCUUAUCAUUGGAGCCCUCUAUUUCCUCUGCAGAAUCAGCCACCAUGUGGUGAGAAGCCUGAACAGCACCAAGAACCCGCUCCAGCUGAUCUCCCAGACAACGGCAGUGCCAACUACCAGCCAUUUGAAUAAGCCAUCUCAGACAUCCAGCUCAGUUGAAUCUUUAGUUGACGCCAGAUUUAGCUAUCAGUUGACUACAAACACAGAGACCCCAAGCAGAAACUGCCCAGCUGUCAUCCCGCAGAACCGAAGAGCCACCUUCAGAGGGCCGGCUCCGCCCAGUGUGACCUCAGCCUGGUGGAGACCAGCAGCACCGGCGCCCACCACCGUGAAGGUGAAUUUCCUAUUAGCUGUAUCACACAAGCCAUUUUUUUCCCCAAGGAAAGCCAUGCUAUCUCAGUGCGUGAAGUUACAUUGCUGGCCAUGCUGUGUCACACAGAUUCCUGUCAUGGAGAACACUGAAGAAAUAUCGCAGUGAACCCACAUCACUGCUUUGUUACAAAGGCAGAAAAUGAACCACCAUAAGGUAAAAGAAAUGGAAAGAUUUAAUCCUUCUUUGUUCCCUAACAGACUUAGUUAUCAUCCCGUGAAACCGUCAGGCCCGCAGUGAGGCGGGCGUUUCUGUGACGUGUGUCACUAGCUCGUGCGCAGCUGGUCGUCAGGGCGGUGGUGGCGGUCCUGUGUGGAAGGUGCGCUGGUGCAAACAUGCUUCUUCCCAGUAAGCCUGUGUGGUGAGGCAGAGGCAGACUUUCUCACAACUGAGGAGAAACUCUUAGCAGUGUAUUAAGAAAAAUGAUGAAAAUCCUUUAAGGCCAAGGAGCGGCUGGUGUCAUGGCUUCUGCCCAGCCUUGGCCUGUGUUAAGCUGUCGGGGGAACCGCAGGUACAGGGGAGCUGUGCACACGUUCCACCUGGUGAUUAGGGAAAGCACUGACUGAAGAAAGCUACCUCAUAUUUUUAAUAGUGAUGAAAUGGUUUCUAUUAAAGCAAUUGAUUUUAAAUAUCUAUGUCUGAAAGGAAGAAACAAAGACCCAAAAGUUUAAGUCUACAAAAGAUGGACUAAUUCUCAGUGGAGAUGCUAGUGGAAAUUUAGGAUUAUUGUUUUUGUUACUUCUCAGGUUAAAAAAAUUCCAAACUUGUUUUCCCAUAAGCUUUUUUUUUUAAGGCCAUGAUUUUGCCGAACAUGAGGUUUCCCUCUUAUUAGGGGCAAUGUAAAGAACUCAUUAGGCCAGAUCAAUGUCUCCAGUUUUUCCAACUGUGUAGUUACCCUAAAACAUAAUAGAAACCAAUAGUGACUUUCAGGAUGUAUGACAGUAAACCGUCGUGGAGGAGCUUGGAGCAGUGAGUGUUGCAAAGGUCUGGAGCUAGUGAAUAGACGCGGCAGAGGAGCAGGCACUGCUGAAUGUAACAGCCCACCUGUGACCUCCUCCCCGUCAAGCCAGUUUCUCCACAUCCUUGCCAACACUUGUUUUUGGUUUUUUUAGUAACAGCCACCCCAAUGGGUAUGAAGUGGUAUCUCGUGGCUUUGAUUUGCAUUUCCCUAAUGCUUAGUGAUG